GAUCGCUGCUUUCAACCCGGGCGCGUGCAUCAUCAUUAUUAUUAUUCAUUUAUUAGUAAAUAUAAAUAUAUAUUAUAUUAUAUAUAAUUUAAAUUGUGAAGUAAAUAUUAUUCCAUUGUAUUAUUGUAUUAUUAAUUAAUUAAUCUUGAUUUCUUUUUAAAAUUUUUCUUCUUCUCUAUCUAAUCUCUAUCUUUAUUAUUACCAACACCAAACCAUUUAAGUGGGAUGCCUCGACAGAAACAAUAUCGACCUAAACGGACUAAAUGUGAAUUUUGUUCUUCAAGUUGUUUAAAUCUUCACAAGACAUGCAAAAAUGGUGAUGUUGACGAUGAUAUCUACAAUAGCGGUGUUGGUGAAGAUAUCGGUGAUGAUGAGGAUAUUGAGCUUCCAAGGAAAAGUGAACCCCUGACAUCUAAAUAUUCACCAAAUAUAAAUUCUCUGAUGAUGAUGAGAAAUACAGAGAGACCAGAUGUUGAUAGGAAAAGUGAACCCACCAAUCUAAGUAAUAAUAAUAAUAAUAAUGUUAUUAAUAAUAAUAAUAAUAAUAAUAAUAGUAGCAGCAAAUAUUUAACCAGCUCAUCAUCAUCACCACCAACAAAUACAGGAAACUCUUUGAUGAAUCUGAUGAGAACAUCAGAGAGACCAGAAAGUCCCAUGAUUACCUGUCCAUCCACUGGUUACCUUCAGGAUACAUUAAAGUGUGGUUUAUGUUCAUUGGAAUUAUCUUUAUCUGAUAUAAUUAAAUUUAUUGACCAUAAAGGAAUUUGUAAAUUAAAAGAACCUCGUUCCUGUCGUCGAGUCUCAUCUUCUUCUGGUAACAAUAAUGGGACUGGAGGUGAAAGAUCAACAUUAACAAAUACAAAUCAUAAUCAUCUUCAUUCUUCUUCUUCUUCUCAUUUACACAAUUCUACUCAUCAUCAUCAUUCUAAUCAACAUAAUCUUGUUCAAAAUCUUCACUCUUCAUCUCGUUCUCUGGAUGAAGACUUGGAAGAUGAUGAUGUUGCCGAAGAUGAACUAGACAUGCCAAGAGCCUGGGAUCUGGCAUUGGUAUCAGCAGAAGGUCAACCCAAUUCACCAAUCAUAUCAGGAUCACCAUUUUCAUCUUCAAAUGGAGAGUGUAAACCCUCGGUGAAACGGAAUUUAUCUUCCUCAGCAACAACAACAAAUCUCUCAUUAACCUCAUCUUCACAUAGGCAUAAAUUAAGACAACACCUUUUACCCAGUAAAAAUCAUCAUCAACAACGUUCAUCACCAUCAUCACUUUAUCAUUCUCCACUUUCUUCACCCCAUUUCCAUCAUAAUUCAAAAUUCAGUAGUAAUAAUAAUAUUAAUAAUCUUAGUAAUCUUAAUGAUAACAGUGGCCAAAGUGACAUUUGUUCAUCUAAAAAAAGCUGUUUUAACCUUGAUCAUCUUUCAACCAAAGAUGCUAAUGGCUCAAUAACAUACUCUUCAUCUUCACCAUCAUCUUAUUAUCAUCAUCGUUCUCAACAUCGUCUACGUAGUCCCUCCUUGACCGGUGAAAAAAAGCAACUUGUUGAUGCUUAUACCAAUACAUUAAUACAAGAACCAAUAUCAGUCACCUGUUAUACCUGUAAACAAAUAUUCAACUCAUCGUGGAGCUUGGUGCAACAUGUUCAAAAUCUUCAUGGAAUUAAGAUUUAUGUUGAUAAAAAUGAAAACUCACUUUCUUCCCUUUUCCCUUCUCUCGACGGACGAGCUAUCACUUCUGUGGCCUCAGCUGGAACCACUGGACACAACAGUAUCAACAGCAGUGGUCAUCACCAGCAAUCAUCAUCUUCCUCUUCCUCCGGAUCUUCAUCAACAUCUCCCUCUGCUGCUGCCGUAGCCGCAGCAGUAGCCGCAGCCGCAGCAGCCAACGGAGAUCGCAACAACGGCAGUGGCGGUGGCGGAGGCAAUGGUGGCCACUUGCCAAGUCACUUUAAUUCAUUUUCCUCCUCAUCGCCCUCUUCACUCAACCUGCUUCCCUCUUCCUCACCCUCACCUCUCAACCUUUUACCUCCCUCUUCACCGUCAUCCCUCAACCUUUUACCCUCAUCUCAACUGAAUGCAGUGGUUGCUGCCGCUGGCUUUUCGUCACCCUUUCUCUCUGGGUCCUAUGGUGGACCCACUCAUCCUCUCCUACGAAUGCCCUUGAAUCACAGUUCCCUGCUUGCUGCCAUUGCCCAAGCCUCGGUGAGAGCCUCAGCAUCGGGAGGUUCACAGGUUAAUCUUAACUCUACUAGUCAGUCAGAUAUUUUCAGUGCAAAUGCAAAUGAACGCUCCUCGGCCGGUCCUGGUGGAGGAGGUUCCAGUGAGGGUAGAAACAGUGAGGGCAGACUGAGUGAGGGUCGAGUUAGUGAUGGACGAAACAGUGAGGCCAGUGGCAAUAAUGCAAGUAGAAAUAGUGAUGUUAAAGCCAUCACUGAUGGUCGCAGCAGCGGUGGCGGCGGCGGUGGUGGCGGAGGAGGUGCUAGUAGUGGCCGGGGAAGCAAAGAGGGUCAUACUCGAGCUCGCAAUGAUACCUGUGAAUUUUGUGGUAAAGUUUUCAAAAACUGUUCCAACCUGACGGUCCAUAGGAGAUCGCAUACAGGGGAGAAACCUUACAAAUGUGAAUUAUGUUCUUAUGCUUGUGCUCAAUCUUCCAAGUUAACACGUCACAUGAAAACCCAUGGAAGGUUAGGUAAAGAUGUUUAUCGAUGUCGUUUUUGUAACAUGCCUUUCUCGGUGCCCUCAACACUGGAGAAGCACAUGAGACGUUGUGGUGUCAGUCCAAUCAAUUCAAACAGUCAAACAGCUACAGCCAAUGAUUCUGCAUUAUCAUUAAUAUCAACCUCAAAUUCACCUUCAAUGUCAUCAAAUUUACCAUUAUCAUUAACUUAUAAUGAUACAAGCAACAGUAAUGAUCCAAGUUCAGAUGCAUGAUGACCACCAUCACCAUCUAUACCAACACUACCAUCAUGAUGGUAAUCAUUGAAUGAUUGCAACAACACCACAACACUUAUCAUCAAAACUCAAAAAAAACACAUCAAUAAAUAUGCAUGCAUCAAUCACCAAAACGACAACAUUAACAACAACAAACCAAAGCUGCAUAUUUAAUGAAAAAAAAA